AUGGUGGUAUACAUGCACGCCUUUAUAGUCCAUUCCAUUUGCAACCCACGCACGUUAAUGUACUCUAAGACAAUAGGGGUAAAAUCCUAUAAACUCACUCUUAUGAAAGUGAAAGAAGAAACACAAGGAUGGGUCUAUCCACAUGUUGCAGGUGCUCUUUAUAACCGGUGGGUUUCUAGAAACAUCCACUUAAGCGAGAUGUCCUUAGAAUUCAAUAUAUACAAGUAG